AUGCGGGUGAAAGAUCCAUCAAGAGCCAACCCCGAGAAACCAAAGAGAAGCAAAAGGCCUAACAGGCCGCAGGAUGAGGACUCUUCAGAUGAUAUUUCAGGCUUAACCUGCCAGCACGUGAGCCAAGCGGUGGAUGUGCACCAUGUGAAGAGAGCGGUCGCUCAGAGCGUCUGGUCAGUAUGUGCAGAGUGUCUGAAGGAGAGGCGGAUGAGUGAUGGCGAGCCUGUAGCACCCUCAGACAUAUGGCUGUGUCUCAAAUGUGGCUCUCAGGGCUGUAGCAAGAACUCGGAAGGCCAACAUUCUCUGAAGCACUUCCAGACAGCUCGCACCGAACCUCAUUGCAUUGUUAUCAGCCUCAGCACGUGGAUCAUAUGGUGUUAUGAAUGUGAUGAAGAGCUGUCAACACAUUGCAACAAAAAGGUUUUGGCUCAGAUAGUUGACUUUCUUCAAAAACAUGGUUCCAGGGCUGAACCAAGUUCAUCAAAAAUCAUACGACUCCGUGAAGAAAACAGUGAAACCAGUGAAAUACUGAAAGGAAAAGGUUCUGGUAAUGGUGCAUCUGUUCCAGUCAAAGGAAUAAAUAAUUUAGGAAAUACAUGCUUUUUUAAUGCUGUCAUGCAGAACUUGGCACAGACUCACGUAUUAAAUGAACUUAUGUAUGAGAUGAAGGAGAAAGGAACAAAGUUAAAAAUCUGUCAUACUUCAGACUCCCAAUUGGAUCCUUUGGUGGUGAACCUCUCCAGCCCAGGACCCUUGACUUCAGCGAUGUUCUUGUUCCUUCACAGCAUGAGGGAGUCUGGAAAAGGUCCUCUUUCUCCCAAAGUGCUGUUCAGCCAGCUUUGUCAAAAGGCUCCUCGAUUUAAGGGGUUCCAGCAGCAGGACAGCCAGGAGCUUCUGCACUAUCUGUUGGAUGCAAUGAGGAUUGAAGAAACAAAGCGUAUACAAACUGGUAUCUUAAAAGCAUUUAAUAAUCCAACUACUAAGACGGCAGAUGAAGAAACUAGAAGAAAAGUCAAAGCAUAUGGAAGAGAGGGUGUGAAGAUGAACUUCAUAGAUAGGAUCUUUGUUGGUGAAUUGACUAGCACUGUCAUGUGUGAGGAAUGUGAAAAUAUUUCAACAGUAAAAGAACCUUUCAUUGAUCUUUCACUUCCUAUAAUAGAGGAGAGGGUUGCAAAACCUGUGCCUUUGGGAAGAACAGGUAAAGGUAAAAGUGUACAAGAGGCAGAUCUUGGUCAGUAUAACUGUUCUUCUAUCACUACACUGAAUAAUCAACCCAAAAUUGUCAAGAAACACGCUUUAACAAAAGAUAAG